AUGACGGUAGCCAGCGAUACCUCCGCCACUGACGGACCACGAAAGUCGCUCAUCCUCAACGCGUUCGUUGAGAUGUGCAGCGGUCACCAGUCUCCAGGGCUAUGGCGCCACCCAGAAGACGAAUCGCACAGAUUUAACGACGUAGACCACUGGAUCGAGCUUGCACAGCUGUUGGAAUCAGCCAAGUUUCAUGGUAUUUUCAUCGCGGACGUCCUAGGCGGUUACGACGUGUACAAAGGACCUCGAAACCUCGCUCCAGCGAUUGUUUCUGGAGCGCAAUGGCCUGUAAAUGAACCGUUGGCCGUGGUGUCGGCAAUGGCAGCUGCGACGAGAAAUAUCGGAUUUGGCGUGACAGUGACGACGACAUACGAGCAGCCAUAUCAUUUGGCUCGCCGGCUAUCGACGGUUGAUCAUUUGUCCAAGGGACGAUUGGGAUGGAAUGUUGUCACAGGAUAUCUGGACUCAGCAGCUCGGAACUUAGGCCAUGCCCAGCAACCCCAGCACGACGACCGAUAUGCUGUUGCGGAAGAAUACGUGAGAGUAACCUACAAAAUCUGGGAGUCGUCCUGGCGCGAUGAUGCUGUCGUCCUCGAUCGUGAACGCGGAAUCUACACCGAUCCCAGCCGGGUCCGACAAAUCAACCACGAGGGCAAAUACUUCAACGUCCCCGGUCCACAUCUGUGCCAGCCGAGUCCGCAGCGAACGCCCGUCAUCCUUCAAGCUGGCACCUCCAAGGCAGGAAAGACGUUUGCCGCACAACAUGCGGAGGCGAUCUUUGUGGCCGGACACAGUCCUGCAGUGGUUGCGAAGAAUAUCGCAGAGAUACGUGCGAUGGCGCAGGCAGACUUCGGACGCGAUCCCAAGAGCAUCAAGUUCCUAGCACUUUUGUGCCCGGUUUUAGGCCGUACAGAGGAAGAGGCACGGGAGAAAUUCCAGUACUAUCGCAGCCUAGGCUCGAUCGAUGGCGCACUGGCGCUCUUUGGCGGAUGGACGGGAAUCAACCUGGACACGUACGGUGAUGACGAAGAGCUUCGGCAUGUCGAGAGUAAUGCAAUUCGCUCGGCAGUCGAGGGCUGGUCCAAAUCAACACCUGAAGUCGCGAAAUGGACCAAGUCAACGGUUGGCCAACAUAUCACAGUCGGAGGCCUGGGUGCCACGCCAGUGGGAACACCGGCCCAAGUAGCGGAUGAGAUGGAGCGCUGGGUGAGGGAAGCCGAUGUCGACGGUUUCAACCUGGCCUACGCGAUUAAACCAGGAUCUUUCAAGGACAUUAUCAACUUGUUGCUCCCCGAACUUCGCCGACGCGGACUGUUCUGGGAGGAUUAUGCUGUCGAAAGGGGAACCUAUCGGGAGAAUCUGUAUGGCAAGCCAGGGCAGACAGGUCCCCCGGAGGAUCACCCUGCGGCCAGGUACCGCUGGCGCGCGGGGGUAGAUGCUGCAGAUCAUAAGAUUCCCGAAAACUAG